GCCUCGGCCUCCGCCCCCGGCCGCCGGCGGCGCCCUGCGUGAGCGGGCAGGGGCGGGUUGGAAGGCGUCGGAGCUGCCACGUCUGGGCCGCGGUUCCCCACUGUGGCGCGGAAGGUGGAGGAGGAGGUGGGGCCGGCGCUGAAGCCGGAGCCGGAUCCGGAUCCGGUGCCGUGCACACCGGUGGGGGAGAGUCCGACGCGCCUGGAGAAGAGCGCCGACUGCGGGGCCUCCACGGACCUUACCGGAAAGAUGAAACCUGAUGAAACUCCUAUGUUUGACCCAAGUCUACUGAAAGAAGUGGACUGGAGUCAGAAUACAGCUACAUUUUCUCCAGCCAUUUCCCCAACCCAUCCUGGAGAAGGCUUGGUUUUGAGGCCUCUUUGUACUGCUGACUUAAAUAGAGGUUUUUUUAAGGUACUGGGUCAGCUUACAGAGACUGGAGUUGUCAACCCUGAACAAUUUAUGAAAUCUUUUGAACAUAUGAAGAAAUCUGGGGAUUAUUAUGUUACAGUUGUAGAAGAUGUGACUCUAGGACAGAUUGUUGCUACGGCAACUCUGAUAAUAGAACAUAAAUUUAUCCAUUCCUGUGCUAAGAGAGGAAGAGUAGAAGAUGUUGUCGUUAGUGAUGAAUGCAGAGGAAAGCAGCUUGGCAAAUUGUUAUUAUCAACCCUUACUUUGCUAAGCAAGAAACUGAACUGUUAUAAGAUUACUCUUGAAUGUCUACCACAAAAUGUUGGUUUCUAUAAAAAGUUUGGAUAUACGGUAUCUGAAGAAAACUACAUGUGUCGGAGGUUUCUAAAAUAAAAGUAUUUUAAGAAAGAAAGUUGUCAAAGGCACUAAUGCUACAAGGCUAUCCUUUUCCUAGAGUUAAAAUAUUCUGUUGCUGCAACCCAGUGACCUCCAUAAAUACCAGAUUGAAGAAAACAUUGUAAUACUGCAAGUAUGAUGUUUAGAAGAUUACUUUGGGCUGGUGGGACAUUCUGUGAGUUUAGAUGACAAAUGAUUAUUAUAAAGGGGAUGAUUUUUAACCAAA